AUUAUUUUUUUAAAAUAUAAGUACAAUGUAAAAACGUGUAGACAAUAAUUGCAUUGUAUCAAAUGAUUAAUUUAAAUGUGGGAUAAAGUGGGACCAGAAGUGCCCUGAUAUAGUCUGAAGUGUUUUGUUGCACUCUUGAUUAUAAGACUGGUUAUGCACUGUACUUUCCAUCACAAACAAAGCGUUUAAUUGGUGCAGAAUAAAGUGAAAGAGAAAGCAUUUCUAAGCUUGUCAAACAAUAUAAGACUAUAGGACAGUUUAUGAUUAUCUCAAAAUGAAACAAGAGAGAAUCAAGCAUCAUAUGAUCUACUAAAACACUAUAGGGCUGUCUACAAGUGUAACAGGUUAGGUUUUCUGAGAUGAGAAUAUUAUAUUAAUUGCAAAAUUGAAUGUUCUCUCUAAAAUGCAUCCCUGUUCUCCUAGUUGAGUGGCCAUGAUGUCCUUAUUUUCAGAUGUGUGUAGGUGGGCAUGCAUUAAAGAGUGUGGUUGAGUGGGAGUGUCUGUGUAUGUUGAUCUGCAUGAGUCUACAUAAUCUACACACCACAAUUUAAAGAGCAUCUCCUUCUGCUCAGUGUGGAGAGAGAGAGAGAGAGAGAGAGAGAGAGAGAGAGAGAGAGAGAGAGAGAGAGUACAAGUUUGGGAUUAGAACAGUUGGUUUGUGGUUUGGAAAAAUGGUAAGUGCAAAACAUUUUUUCAGUAGUAUACCACAUAAUGUACAGCGUUCCAGCAGUUUUCAAUUAACAGUGUGUUUUUCUCACAGUACGGCUUUAUUAAUACUUGUCUGAAGUCGCUGGUCAUUGAGAGGUUUGGAGAAGAAACAUGGGAGAAAUUGAGAUUAAAGGCUGGGGUCCAGGAGACAUUUAUGACCUAUGAAAUCUACGACGAUCUCAUCACUCUUCGUUUAGUGCAAGAGGCUUGUGAAAUGCUGGAUUUUUGAGAAAAAGAGAAGAAAGAAAGAGCGAGUAGACUGUGAAAGCCUCACAACUGCUUUUUAUUCAUGUCCUUGGGGACUUGCAGACAUUGAUCAAAAGUGUCUGAGAGAGUGCUAACAAUGUCCCUGCUGAGAAUAGUCCACUGGGCAUCUUGAUGGUUGAUGUCCUAACCUGUCCUCCAAUCUGUCCCUGAGAAUGUCUCCUCUGAGGUGGUUUUGAAGCUAUUUGGAGAAUACUUUUUCAGCUUUUGUAAGAUGUCGGGAUAUGACACUAUGUUGCGAACUCUCGGUGGAAACCUGGUGGAAUUCAUUGAAAAUCUUGAUGCUCUACACAGUUAUUUGGCCUUAUCUUAUGAGGCCAUGAAUGCUCCGUCCUUUCGCGUGGAGCGGAUGGAUGAUGGCCGAAUUCUCCUACACUAUUACUCAGACAGGAAAGGACUUUAUCAUAUUGUGCCAGGUAUUAUCGAGGCUGUUGCGAAGGAUUUCUUUGACAGUGAGGUUACGAUGACCAUUCUGAACCAGUCAGAAGAAGAUGAGCGCACUGGAAAGAAGGAACAUGUGGUUUUCCACAUGGUACAGAAGGAAAAAGUGGCCAAAAGAAAGGCUCAGAAAGGCAGUGAAGAGGAAAAACAAGCAGAAAAAGAGGAAAAGGAGGAGACAAUGAAAAGGAUGAAGGCCAGGUAUGCCAACCUGCAGCUGUGUCCAAGGAAACGAUCUCCAUGGGAGAUUGUGAAGAGCAUUGUCAUGUUGGGCCAAGGCAAUCUGCGUCAAUCAUUCACGCCUAGCUACCCAAAAAGACUGUGGAUUGAAGAACAAGCCUUCUGUAAUGCUUUUCCCUUUCACAUCGUUUUUGAUGAAAACCUGGUGGUGAAGCACACAGGUGUCAACAUUCAGAAGUUUGUUCCCGGACUGCAGACCGCAGGUAUUCGUCUGGAUGAGUACUUCACCAUUGUUCACCCAGAGGUCACCUUCAACAUCCAGAGCAUCAAAAAGUUCAUCAACAGCCAGUUUGUGCUGAAGACCAGGAGGGAAAUGUUACCAGAGAUCCAGCAAAACCAGGCCACGCUCAAACUGCGAGGUCAGAUGAUGUGGAUGGAGUCACUGAACUGCAUGAUCUAUCUGUGCUCUCCUAAGCUACGAAGCCUCCAAGAACUGGAGGAAAGGGGUCUUCACCUGGCCGACAUCGCCCAGCACGACACCACUCGAGAUCUGAUCCUGCUCAACCAGCAGAGGUUGGCAGAGAUCGAGCUCUCAAAUCAGCUAGAAAGGAAGAAGGAGGAGUUAAGAAUCCUCUCACGCAACUUAGAGAUCGAGAAGCAAAAAUCAGAAAAGCUCCUUUAUGCCAUGCUGCCGACACACGUUGCCAACCAGCUUAAAGAGGGCAAACGAGUAGCGGCAGGUGAGUUCAAAGUGUGCACCAUCCUAUUCAGUGAUGUGGUCACCUUCACUAACAUCUGCGCAGCCUGCGAACCCAUUCAGAUAGUCAACAUGCUCAACGCCAUGUAUUCCAGAUUUGAUCGUCUUACAAACGUUCAUAAUGUCUACAAGGUAGAGACGAUAGGUGAUGCUUACAUGGUGGUUGGCGGUGUGCCUGUUCCUACAGAAACACAUGCGGAGCGGGUGGCAAACUUUGCCCUCGGUAUGAGAAUUGCUGCAAGAGAGGUGACUAGCCCUAUCACAGGACAGCCCAUACAGAUCCGAGUUGGCCUGCACACCGGUUCAGUUUUGGCUGGUGUUGUAGGUGAUAAGAUGCCACGGUACUGCUUGUUUGGAGACACAGUCAAUACAGCCUCUCGAAUGGAGAGCCACGGAGUCCCUGAUCACAUACAUGUGAGCCCCUUCACGUACAGCGUGUUAAAGGACAAAGGAAUCUUUGAGAUCACUGAGAGGGGUGAGAUCGAGGUGAAAGGCAAAGGUCUGAUGAGAACAUACUUCCUGCUGAAGAACCUCCAAAAGAGUGAUGAACAGAUCAUGGGCUUGGUCGACGGAGAGACGUGCGUGUACCAGGAAGACACAGAGGAUGUGACAGAUGACCCGAAGGAGGAAAGCCCUGAAGAUGCAAAUUGUGUGCGGAAAGAGGACAAGAAAAUGGAGGAAGAGGUUGAGAACGAAAAAAGUCAUGCAUCAUCAUAUCUCCAGUCAGGCAAAAUCUCCCCUGCUCAUUUAAUUCAGUUCGAUGUCACACCAGCAUACGACAGCCCCACUGACUUUAAACAUCUACACAAUGGUCUUCAUUCACACAGCAUUAGUACUAAAUUCUGCUCAAUACUUUAGUCCAACAUCACCAAGUUUUAAGAAGAUUGAAUUUCAAGCCUGCCGUUCAGAAAGCCAUUACCACAAAUGAACAGCCGUAACCGAAAACCGGCAGUACCACAUGCUCUGUUCAGUGUAUAAUGACUGUUUUUCCCAACUCUUCAAGACACAGCAGGGGAUUUCAGCUUUGUGGAUACAGAGUUAUCACCUGGGAAAGGAAAGUCUCCAUGCUGAUUCCCAGUGCUCCUUAUGCAGCCCAGCUUCAUUUGCACCUGCUGGUUGCCCGCUGGUGAUGGCCAGCAGUAGAACCACCUCACAGAAAAAGCUAAUCUCCCUCUGGAGAAAUUAAUCACUUAUUAUGGACUGUUUUCAUGUGGAAAUCAGAUGGCAAACACAGAUGACCAGAGGUAGAUCAACAUACGGUUGCUGUACAGAGAUCAAAUGUUUGUUUGUGGUUAUCUGCGGUCUGUUAGCUAAUUAUUAAAUGUGAUUCAACACCAUGCAAUCUUUUUUUUCUCUCUCAAAUAAAAACAUGACUGCAUGAAA